AUGCCUUCCGCAGACGACCAAUACGAAUCCCAGAACGACGCCGUCGCGCAAGGCGUCCCAGCCGGCGACGCGCAAGACAACGACUACGUCUCCAGCACCGGGCAGAAACAGGGUCCUAUCCCCGUGCAAUCUGACGGUGCUGAGGUCGAGGAUCCUAUUAAUGCUGAUACGGCUGAUAGCGAUCAGCAACUUGCGGAUGAUGAUAGAGAUGCUAUCGAUCAGUCCAAUAUACUCGGGUCUCGUACUCGACACGCCAAGCCGAGCGACGGGUACCGAGAGCCGGGUGAUGAGGAGGGGUUGCCGGGGGCGGAUGAUGGGACGAGUUCUGGACGGCAGUAG